UUUUCUAGAAAAACCAGUGUCAUAAAACCAAGAAGCACACCGGCGCUCAGGUACAUAUCUACGGCCGUAACGCAGUUUUAGAUAUAAUACAAAUUAUUGGCUUAGUUGGUUUAGCUAACGUUCAUGUUUUGGUUAGCGAUUAAUUGGUUUUAUUUGUCAGUAAAAAAUACAUACACAGAAGCUACACAGAUUGCCAGCUAGGUUUAUAUUACCAACGUUAGCCUGUGGCUAGUUGUGUAACUAACGCCAGCUAACGUAGCUCGUCGUCACGUUUCUUCCUUUUUGGUUAUAGGCAUUUGUAUUUCAUUUUGCUAGCUUGCUAGUUAGCUGACGUUAGCCAGCUUUAGGGAAUCAAUUGAACAGCUUGUUUGGUAGUAGCUAGCAAAUAACUUUAGCGAACACAUUAACUAGCCACCACUGUCAUCAUGGCGAAAUGGGGAGAAGGGGAUCCACGCUGGAUCGUGGAGGAGAGAGCCGAUGCAACAAACGUCAAUAACUGGCAUUGGUGAGUAACGUUAGCCUAGAUAGCUGAAGAAAGCACACUCUCAGAUCCAGUUGGAAAUACCUCGGCAAAAGGCCUACUCAGAGAUGAUUACUUUCUGUCACGGUCAGUCGUCGCUUUUUACAUUUUAGAACUGUCAACAUGCUUUUUUCAAAUAUCACAUGUUUUGUGGGAAUCGAUUAUGCUGUCGUAUACAUUGCAUAAUCUGCACCACCGUUUUUAUCUUAAUUUCUAUGUUGUUUUGAGGGUGAUUUUCGGCAGGUCGUUAUCAAGUGAGAGGUUCAGACCCCCCGGGCCACACCGUUGUCAGAGGCUAUAGAUGCAGCAGCGUCUGAGCUGUACUGUCCCUAUCUACCUUAGCCGAGGAACACUCAACCACGUUCUCUUAUAAGAGAACGGAGUUGAGUGUUCGGUCGCUAUCUCUACCCUAGAUUAUUUCUGCGUUUUAAAACGCAUUAUGCAGAAAUUGCUCCGCCAUUUCCUGGUUGCUACAUUUCUAAUUAUUCCACCUAAUUUCACUCUAUCGGACAAAACAAGCAAGUAUAGUGUAGAGAAUCAUUGUACCAUCUAAACCGCUAUGAAAUAUAUUUUCCAUAACCAAAAAUAUUGUAUUUUCAGCUGUUUGAAGCUGGUGUACAAUACCAAAAGUAAAAGAUGCAAAACCUAAACUUAAGCAUGGAAAGCAUAUAAAUAGUGCACAUAGAACAUAUCUACCGCUUCUUAGACUUGCUUUCAAUUAGAAUUACAGAUCUAUAACUCAUGUUCUGUGUAGUAGUCUACUACAGUAUUAGUCAUAAUUCCCAUCAAACCUAGCGGUCAAACACAGACAUGGUUCCAAUUUCCAUCAUUCAUUUGAUCUAUUGUGGAUUUUAGAAACGCUUCAAAUAAAGACGAUGUUUUCGUGUAGGCUUACCCUGGCGGCACGUUUUGAUAACCGUGUAAAUCUCUCUCGGACAAGGUGACUUUUAUCAAUAUAUUCGCCUGUAUUUACCACCCCCAAAAAUGAAAAGCUAAUUAGCUGCUAAUGUGGCCAUCAUAUAUAACUACAAAUGCCUGUCUCAACCUUCACGACACUCACCAGAGCCAUGAAGAUCUGGACGAGACUGCCAAUUCGAGGCAAAGGUAAGAAUCUCUGGAUUAACUAUCUAAUGUUAGCUACAUUCAGUAAUUCAAAAAUUGGCUAAAGUUGUUUAAAUUGACAAUUCUGUGAACUGUCUUGGGCAAGUUUUAAAUUGAAAAUGCCUGUUAUCUAGCUAGUUUAUGGUUAGCUAGUUAGCAACAUUAGCCUGGCUAGAUGGCUACAUUAGCCGUCUAUUUGUCUAGCCAUUUAAAUGCAUGAGGAAUUCAUUAAAACAAGUUUAGUUUUCUUUGGCUUUUAUGAACUAAGUCUAGCUUGCUACCUAACUUAGAUGGUAAAGCUAGGGCUAGGCAUUCUUGAUAAUGUUUGUUUGUGUUUGUGGUUGAGGGAUGGGUAGCCUACUUCAAGGACUACAUGACUUAUAGCUACCCUAGCUAGCUGUAUUUAUUUUAGUCUGGCAUUUUGGGAGGUUUCAGAGAUGGCUGAUUAGCACCCUCGUUUGAGUCAACAGUGUGCUUACUUUACUGCAAGAUAACAUUGAGAUGUUUGCUGUUAUCCUCUGGACAGCAGAUCAUUAGUAUAGCUAGUAGGCAAGGUUAUGUAACCUUAUUUAGUCCUCCUUGCUAUGGUGGGUUUUAAAUUGAUUGGUAUUCACACAUUUGUUUGAGGUAGAAUUACUGUCAUGUUAUUGGUGCCAAAUUGCAAACCUUAUUUGCACCUUCUUUAUUCUAGAACCAAUGAGUGUGCCUGAGUCUGAUCACCUCUCAAUUAGGUAAGCUGUUUCAACCUGUAACACUAUUCUGCUUUGGUCUGUUUCAGACAUUGCAUGAAGUCCUGAAGAGCACGAAUGUGUGUGAAUGGUUUUGUCCCAGCCCAGCUCUAACACCCAACUUAAAUAAUUAACAUACCGAAUCACAGCGAUAGGCUAUGAUUUGUAAUUAGGUAUGGGCUGGGCUGGGCUGGGACAAAAGCUUAUACACACCUGCCAUUCAGAUCUGGAGCUGUCCACCAAUUUCAGUCAUUAUUCUGUACUAUGGGUACAAUUGGGGGGGUUAUUGAUAUAUAACGCAUGCUCCACUCUCAAGUUGAACUUGUUGACUGAUGCCAUGACGGCAGCUGCUAAGAAGGGAGCAGCUGUGAACCAGAAGACUGCAGCCAAGGCAGCACUGGUCCACGCCUGCCCUGUCUGUCGGGUGAGUAGUGUUGGUUGGUACUGUAUGUGCCUUUAGGUUCCUCUCCAUGUGUAGGCUAUUGUACUGGCCUGUGUGGUACAGUCGUUCAUAUGUGUAGUCGUUUGUUGCAUCGUAUUGCUUAGUUUAUCAUUUGUCAACUUUGAAUUCAAUCUAAGUCACAGAUUAACUUCCUGCAUUUUGUACUUGAUGUUUAUAGAUGCAGACCCGAAGAAAUUCAAGCAGCACUUUGAGAGCAAGCAUUCCAAGUCUUCAAUGGUUCCAGUACUGGUUGAUAUGCAGGACUAAGGGAGCACAUACACUCAAAUGGACCUACAGCUGGGGUAAAAUUCUUCCAUCAUUCACACACAGUAGACAUACAGUAGUGUAAACCACCAUGUUGUCAAUAAAAUGCUGUCCUCAAUGCUUAAGUUGUAUUGUCUAUGGCUCAAUUUGUGGAAAUGCUGUGAUCACGCAUCAUCUUUAAUGUUGUGAUUCAUAGACACACGAUGACCACGAUUUAAAUGCUGCAACUGAGACGGAAUGACAUCAAGGGACACAUGCUGAGACCCCGAGAAUGACUGGACAUGGGCCUGAAAGGGCUGCAGAAGCACACCAGCACCCCAUGUUAUGUUUAUUCCAUGGCCAACCAUCUCUCUAUUUAACCCUUAUUCCACACUAUGCCUUUUAUGGUCCCUCAACUUCCGACACUUUGGAACUCUCCAUCUUAUCUCUAUAAACUCAGCCUACCUUCACCCAAUUUCCCUAUGCUGCCAGUGCUUCCUUCACUUGUUCUUCUCCUGAUUUGAUAACAUCUAGACUCAGUAACACGUUUAAAAGUGUUGUGGUGUACUGUUUUUACUACCUUUUUUUCACAUGUAAUGCUGUCCUCCUGCGUAUUCUGGGGUUCAGACUGAAUGCAGUGGUAAAUGUGCUGCUCACAAUUGACAGCAGCAACAUGGACCUGUUAAAUCGACAAGAAGGGUGUUGAUAUAGCUGGGUUUAGGCAUGGCUUACUUGUAUUGAGUCUGUUAAGUGUGUUUCUCAUUCUGCUGGAGUUGGCGUAGGUUUUAUAUCAAAUACUAUUUAAAGCAUCCAGUUUUUCCAUUUGUAACUUGCCCACCAAAAUCACAAUAUGCUGUUUUACACUGUUGUUUGUGCUGGUCUAAUUCCUAAAAUGGAAAAGCAGAAGAAUCUGUGCUCUUGGAUAGUAAUAAUAGUUUAUAUGGUGCUCUUCAAUGUCCCAGGUAUGUGGCAUUGAUGACUAAAUAAUGUAAUGUUUACUUAAAUUCAGAGGGUUAUAUGUUAUGUAUAAAAUGCAGAUGUAUGCAUUGUUUACUAUUUUGAUUUCUUUAAAACAAUGUAAUUGUUGGAGGUGAUUGAUGGGUGACUAGGUGCAUUGUCAAAUAAACAUGCUUAUUCAUGAUAAUGGUUACAUUCUGCAAUGAGUGACUCUGCAACAGAAUAUGUCAACAAGUUAGUUCUGAACUGCUUUAAUACAGCAGUGCAUUCUGACACCAUUAAUUGAAAUAGAUUUCAGCUUGUUCAUAUAGUUGGAAGGAAAUACUUCCACUGGCUUAAGAGAAGAGGAUCUGGUUAGCUAAAAUAAGGGUAUGCUGCUAAUAUCAUCUAGGUAGGUAGCUAGAUAGCUAUAUUGCUUCUUUGCAAAAAUACUAGCCUAGUAUUCAUGGCACGUUAUAAAUACUAGACUGCUACUAGGAUAGUAUUCUAUACAAGACGAGACCAAAUGCAUAAAUAAGACAUAUUAGUUAAAAUAUGGAACAGUAAAUACACAUUUUAAAUAUCUUUACGUUUUGGAUCAAGGUAGCUAGCGAGCUGACGGCAAAGGUGUCCGCUAGAGAUGAUUUGCAGUCUUGCAUGAGGUCUACUUUGAUGGUAAUUAGCGUUUUCUAAUCUGAGUAAAUAGAGCCGACUAUAUUGAUAAAUCACCUUAUCGGAGAGAUUUACACUGUUAUCAAAAUGUUUUGUCAGUGUUAGGCUCCCAUGUGUUUUACCCCCGAUGGUCUGUCUGUCCAGAAGCUUCUGGAAUGUACUAGUUGGCAAAGCUAUUUAUGGAGCGCAAGGGACGGGAUACAACUGGUGCAGAUGGGGGAUAUUUAUAACACUUGACACCGAACGGUAGCAAUGAUCACAACCCUCUGAACUGAAAAGAACUACAAGCGAGAGAGUAAAUGUUUUCUCUACCUGAUCAUUACUUUUAUUCAGGGUAAUUACAUAGAUAUUCUGAUCUGACUCGCUGUGAUCAUGGUUUGAGGUAUAUCAUAGAGUAAAUAGGCAAUACUAAGUAAAUGUUGUCAAUUAAUCCCCUGGUUAACUACAGGUGAAACCCAACUGUACUAACUAUUUCUACAGGAAACAAUUCACUUGCAUAAGAAUGUUAUUAAAAUAGGAUUGCCUUCUUUUGACUCCCUGUAGGCCUAUGCCGGCAACACCUGGGUUGUGGUCUUGAUACUCGUAUGGUCCACAUAUACUGAACAUGUCAAUGUUAACAGCUUAAUUCCCAUAUCACAGUUUUACUAGUUAAGUACAUUAGGCACCAAAUAUAAGAAAAAGGGCUGAAACAGGAAAAUCCUCCAAUAACAAAUGCUUGUUUCUGUUACAGAAUGCUUUGUUACAGUGACUGUUCCCAAUGAACACGACCCAGUUGAAUAUAUUCAUUGUGGGUGUGUGCCUACAGGACCGAACGUGAUGUGACAGGCUGGUCGACAGACAAGCUGAAGGAGCUCCUAUUGGGGUUGCGUGUGGAGGGCCUAGAGGGGAGCUGCGAGGUCACUGACGUCCCCACGCUGGACGGUGAGGCGUCCAUCAACAACCGCAAGGGGAAGCUCAUCUACUUCUACGAGUGGAACGUCAAGGCGACGUGGACUGGUGAGUUCAGCAGAGGCUAGAAUUGCACGGUAUACCGGUACCACGUUAAUAUCACGCCAUUAAAACGUCAUGAUACUGAUGAUACCAACAUUUUAGAGUACCGUUUCAUAUGAUACUACUGAAUUUUUCGGUCCUACGGAUGUAAUGAACCUUCUGGCGCCUGUUCAAAUGUUUAUAAAGUUAGUUUUAAUAAAUUCAGUGGAAUUUAAGCAACAGCCACUAGUAUGCUCCGAUCCGAUAAUAUCCACUUCACUUUCAUGUGCAUAUCACGUGUGACAGCUGUAAUCAGCCAGCCGAAUCCCCUACUACCAUCCCUCACUCACCGCUUCUCCGUCUGUUUUUCCUGCGCAUCUACUCCAUCAGUUUUUUAAAUAAAAUCUAGCCGUGAUGGCGAGCGGGAAUGCAGACCCUGAUGAGUGUUCUGUUAUAUUUGUACGUUUGUUAAAUUGGAGCAGAGCGAGCCAGAUUUCAUACAUUGUUUCAUUUAAGCGCCUGUUAUAACCAUGAGCACAGGCCAGUCUGAGUAGAUUGCAAGUUCGCUGUCACGCAGCCUCUGAAAGCCAGAGAGGGGAAAUGGAGCACAGCUUCGCGACAGGCAUGUAGCUUUACAGCAGAGAAAACGUCUUGUCUCUAGCCUAACUGGUUAAAAACAUAUUACCCAUAUUACCGGAGCUACUUUUUUUUUCUUCCUAUUGGGAUUCGCACGUAUUUGAUAUAAUUUCACAAACCAUGUCGCGGGCCGUUUUAAACUAAUACCAGGUUGCUAAUUAUUGGUUUGAUAACAUUAUUCAGUCAUGUUACCUAGCUAGCUAACAACCUUGUAACUUGACAGAAGGUUUAUGUAAAUUUGAUUGGCACAGGAAGAAAGGAAAAGGUGCGGCUACUCAUGAAAUGUGCUUUAAAGGUAGGAUUCAUAUAGGCCUAAUAUAAGUCAUUGGUGCCUAAUGUUUUAAAAGUUGGGAGCAGUGUAUGCUUGUGGGAGAGAGAGUGGCGUGUGUGUUUAUGAGGGAGAGGGAGACAGUUUGAGGGAGGUGUGUGUGUUAACUGAAGAGUAAAGGUUUCAUGCAGUGUUUUCCCAUACUGCCACAAUGACAUGCAGAUCAUUAUGCAAAUCAGCCAUUCUAUGCAGUAUUCUAUUAUAUGCUGAACAGUGGGAAGUUAAAUUCAAUGUGUUGUAUUGAGUAGAAGUGUGAAUUUAAUUGACAUGUUUUUGCGUAGCACAUGUGCAGAAGAUUUAGAAAACAGGAACAAGCAUCCGGGGGACAGGGCGAAUGGGACGCUAGGCUACUGUGAAUCCCCCCCCCCCCGUGGUAUCGUGAUACUACUCAGUAUCGUGAUACUUGGCCUGGUAUCGUAUCAUUAGUCAAAUGUUGGUAUCGUGACAACACUAGCAGACACAAACAUCACUCUAUAUGGAACUCAUGUUGAACAUGUGAUAAGAUAUGUUAGGUUUUCUGCCAAAUGUAGCCUACAUUUUGUUUGAAACACAGGGUUUUGCCAAACCAAGAGCAGCGUAGCACUUGUUUCCAUGGCAAUGAGACUGUAAUUAUAUUCUCCAGCACACUAAGCCCCAGGGGUUUAGUGAGAAGUGGGUGGGUUGUCAUAGUAUCUCUUCAAAGUAGGCUUCAUGACAUCUCUUUCUCUCUCGCUCUGUCCCAGGAACUACAAAAACCGGAAUCAAGUACAAAGGGAAUAUCGAAGUUCCCAACCUAUCCGAUGAAAAUGACAUGGACGACCUAGAUGUAGGUUGUUAUGACAGAAUGCCAUUCAGGAUCAUGUUUGUUCAGGCUAAUUUGCACAUCGACAGCUUAUGGCUGUUGGUUGUAAUGCUAUUUACUCUUUAAAAUAGUUAUUUACAUUACAUUUACAUUUAAGUCAAUUAGCAGACGCUCUUAUCCAGAGCGACUUACCAUACUUUUGUAUGAGUAAAAAGAACAAGACCACACCUACCAUGACAUUGGGUAUAAUCUUUGCCUCUUUUUUUUUUUCUGGGCACAGAUCAGUGUGUCACUUUGUAAGGACGAGCCCAACACAACCCUCACCGAACUCAUGAAGAAGGAGGGAGCAAAGAAAGUGCGAGCUGCCCUGGGGAGCUAUGUGGACCACCUCAAAUCCGGUGUGGCCUUUAUUUAUUCAAAUCGUUUUAACCCUAGUGCCUGUUCAUAGAGAUAUUUCUAUAGGUGAUAGUUCAGCUUGAUACUGAUUGAAAUUAAACCUUUCCGAUGAUUGCAGAGUUCACUCAGGGCAUGAUCCUCCCAACGGCGAAUGGGGUGGCGAGCAAACCACAGCCGGCGCAGACUCAGACAAAGGUCAAAGUGGACAAAACCCAGGUGGGUGGCAGUUGCCUUCUUACCUUAUGUCCCCAUUCUCUACCUUUUCUAUUUCACUUCUGUCAUGGAUUUAACAAUGGUGGAAACUCUCCAGCCAAUAUUUACAUAAAUCCAAUACACACAGAAGGAGAAGAGAAAAUAAUUGGGACACAAUCAAAGAGCCAAUGAAGCAAGGGGCUAAUGAACAUGAUUAAAACCCUACUAGCAUUAACAAACCGUGUAGGAAAUGUUCCAUAGCAUUCCAACAUAGGUAGUGGAUUAAGUGAUUUCCCCAUCCCCCCCUUAUCGAUGUAAAGUGCCAUAUAAUACAUCUAAUACAUAAUCCAUCUACUGAACUUCCACGUUUUGGAUUUUAAAUAUUCAAGCUUAUCGAGCAUCACGUGAGCUUCACCUAAUGUACACAAUCAUAGGAUUUAUGAAUAACAGGAUGAUCACGCUUGUCUGUAUGUCCCCAGAUUGGCUCCUCUGUAUCGACCCCCUCUCCUAGCACAGGGGUCAAGAUCCCCACCUGCAAGUUUAGUCUCAAGGAGACCUUCCUCACCUCACCUGACGAGCUGUACAGAACCUUCAUCAACCAGGAUGUGAGUAGUAAAGUGGUCAAAUAAUAGCUUCCCUUCCUUGUGUACUUUCCUCCAACAUCACUGAUUGGGCCAGACAUGACAGGUGGAAGUAAUAUGCUUGGAAACCUGUCCAGGGGUGUAUUCACUAGGAAACAAACAAACGCAAAAGGGCAGAAACGGGGAGGGACUAACCUGAACUUGUCCGAUAAACACUUUAAGAGUUUAUUUCCAAAAAGCUAUAUAUCCAUUUUCAGAAAUGUUGGUAAAUUGGCAUUUAUUGUUUUAAAGAAUUUAUGAAAGAGAUAGUUUUUUCACUAUCUAAUCAUGGAAUUGUGUUGUGUAAUGACAGACAUGUAUUUGUUUAAAAUCUAUCACGUGAUGUUUUCAUUUGAGAGACAAAUCAUGUUUUUUAGCAAAAUGCUAUAUAUCCACCUCAGGUUUUACACAGUCAAACAUAACAAAUACAGCUGUACAAAUGAUACAUUUGUGACAUCAAAAAUAAUUAAAUAUUGUAAAAUGAGAUCCGUGUAGAAAACAUUUACAUUUCACAUUUUAGUCAUUUAGCAGAUGCUCUUAUCCAGUGCGACUUAGCGUAAGAUAGCUAGGUGAGACAACCACAUAUCAGUUAAAUAUACAGGAUACCAACAUUCCAUUCCAGCUAAUAAAGCGUUUUGCAAAAAAACACAUUUGAAUUCAAAUCUAUAAAUUUAAAUGAGAACAGUAAUAUUGAACACACAUGAAGGUACCCAUAGGCAAUAAUUUCUUAUGAAAAACACAAAUGUGAAAAAGUUAUAUAGCAUUUUGGAAAUAAACUCUUCACUUGGUUUUCAUUACAAAACAUUCCCGUUGCAAAACGUUUUGCUACGGUGUGCACUAAUGAAUACACACCAGUCCUUUCCCCAGUCACCGAGGAAGUAGAGAAUGGUUUAUUUCACAAAUUCAACAUUACAAAGUAUCAAUGGCAACAAAGCUGAAUUAUGACACAAUUUGCAUAAAUACACUAUGCACAAGAAAACCAACACAAUAAAAACUACAACUAAAAUGAGACCAUUUUAGAUUAUUGAAACAACAAGAGUUUGGCAAUGGUGAGAUGCUUCACUACUUCACCCAGGUCAUUAACAAGCUCAGUUGCCCUAAAAUUGUAGUUGGAUAGAGUGUAUAUAUAUAUAUAUAAUGGAGUGCAUGUGCUUGUUUGCCUUCAAUGGUGUGUUCUACCAAGGUUUUGUUAUAAUUUUUAUUUGCUAUUGUUUUUCUCCUGUACUUCACUACUGCAAAGAAUUUCACCAGUGCAAAUGUUUUUGAUUCACUCCAAUACCCUUAUGUUGGAUUUCACUGCUUCUGUUGCUUUUAAUAGGGAACGAAGAGCAACCUCAAUAGACUUUAACUCUGUGUGGAUUACUUCCGCUUAAAUGUUGCCUAUUAUAAUAUAAAGCCAACCUACUUUUAAAUUGUCGUCCCAUAACUCUUUUGAAUCAUGACUACAAUUGGCUGAGGGCUUAGGAAUCAAUGCUGAUUUGACUAAUCUCUGGUAUCCUCUCGCGUAAUGCAGAUGGUCCAGGCGUUCACCCAUACUGCAGCUGUGGUCGACGGAGACAAAGGAGGGAAGUUUCAGCUGCUAGAGGGGAGCGUCAACGGAGAGUUUAUGGAGCUGGUGAGGACACGCGUCUGCUUGAGAUCAUGUUCUAUCGAUCAUAACCCAUUGUUGGAGAAUGACCAAAUCUAACUGUGGUUUUGGAUUCCGCUUCUUAGGUCCCAGAUGAAAAGAUUGUUAUGAAAUGGAGGUUCAAGACUUGGCCGUGUGGUAGGUUUUCCCCACCUUGCCCCGUGGUGCUCUAUUGAUUUGUGUUUGCUCCUUCUAUCCUUGGCAACUUUCAAUGAAAACUUAAUUUCAGCAUUUCUCCACUUAGGUAUUUUUUAUACAGGUAAUCUCUACAAUGCUUUCUCAACUCUGCUCCUGUGGACUGACAGGGUAUGCAGGAUUUGGUCCAUCCUACAACGAACACACCUGAUUCAACCUAAUCACGGGCAUGAUGUGAUUAGUUGGAUCCAAUGUGUUGAUACUGGGCAGGAACAAAAACCUGCAUACCCUGUUGGGUCCCCACAACUGGACUUGAGAAACCUUGGAUAGUAACAUAAAUGGCUUGGAUAUAUUAUUGUUUUGGCUACAAAAUUAUUCUAAAAUUGGCUCUGAUUUCCCUCUUCCAGAGCACUAUGCGACUAUUACCCUGAACAUGAAGGAUCGAGGCAACGAGACUGAGCUGAAGGUGGAAUGUAAAGGAGUCCCGACGGGAGAGGAGGAUAGGACGAAGGAGGGUUGGAAGAGAUACUACUUUGAAGCCAUCAAACAGACUUUUGGAUUCGGGGCCCGACUCUACUGAGAUCGACUCAUCUGAAUAAUGUUUAAAAAAAAACUGAAAAAAACCCCCCUGAUUAUUUAAUGUGGAUGAAUACUCUCUUUAGCCCAGUCUCUCUUGUAGCACCAGCCCUACAUCGUGCGUAGACAAACGGUGCCUUUUCCACUUGAAAGACUGGCAGUCCGUAUAAGGGUCAUUGGUUCAAGGCUUUCUUUGAUGUCUGUGCUUACCUUACUGAGUUUAUAGGCAAAAUGAGAUGUAGAAACAAUCCCUCGAAUGACAGUAUAUUUGGAAUUAACUAUUAGCAUUCUCAAUCUCCAAUUCUGCACAUUUGAAGUGUGUCAUACUGAAAUAAAUGAAAUUUUUACUGAA